CCUACUAAAUUUUUGAUACAAACAUAGUUUGAGAGUCAUAGCACUAACCAUAGUCAAAACGCCGACAUCAUGUCUCAGCCGAUGCCGCCAGAAAAUAUAAAUAGCCACAUACUGGCAGUGCUCAGCCUUCCGGUGAUUGACAGACUGUCACAACUGGAGCUAUUAUUUGACCGCUGCACCAUUCGUCAAAUUCAGGACAUUUACCCGCUCAUUGUGCAUUCGAUAUUUGGAGUUACUGGCAAUCCGGUGGGAUGGGGAUUAAGGACGACAACACUGGAGAACUCAAUGCUUUCUUACAACAAGCUGCAUCAGUUCUUUGCUGUGAACGGCAUUUGGAUGCACAUCUGUCAUCGACUGCUAAAUGAGACUACAAAAUUCGAUAUAGAUAUUAAUUUAUUGCCGCGUAAAUUCAUAAGCAUGCUUCAAGGUGGUCCCAUGUUCUACUCCGAUCUAAUCAACAUAGACCCCAUAAAGCAUCAGCUAACUACGCUCUCCCUCAACGCCUUCGAUUUCUACAUGCUCCACUUUGUGCUGCACGCGCUGGUGCCUCUGCACACCAUCAAUCCCAUUGCUAUGCAGAUACACAGCGAGAGGACGAAGACAGUCUAUCAGCUGCUGGUUGCCGAGUAUUUGGAUAACUUCUUGCCGCACUAUCCAAAUGCCAACAUUGAACCAUCAAACUAUGUGAGCAGUGUCAAGGCGCCGCAACCGCUGCCCGCCCAGUCUCUGCAGCCGCAGCGGCAGCUGCGGUAUCUUAAGCUGCCCAGCUCAUAUCGGAACGAUAAUGUCGACGCUGACAGUGUAGGGAUGGCGAACACGUCGUCGCAGUCUACGUCGGAUGGCAAUGCGACUGCUAGCCGGAUCUAUACCUGGCGCUCCGAGUCUGUGGUGCAUUUCUUCGUUGAUAUUUGGUUGCGCUAUGACAUCGAAUCGGAGCACCAUCUGCCCAGCAGCGAGUUUGUGCGAGGCGUUCGUACGCUUGUCAAGCAGAUACAUUUCUUUGCCAAUGGAUCGCGUAUGGAUCACAGUCCGCUCUGCCCGCUGAGAAAACUAUCCCUAAACAUGGUUAAGGGGCGCAUCUAUGCGUUCCUCUGUAGUCUGAUCGAUCGCUGGCCGUUGGACAGCUCGUUGAGUGUUGUUUUGGAGCUCUGGCUGAGCUACAUUCAACCGUGGCGCUACACUAUGGGCGCCACCAAUCGAACCUCGGGCAUAAAUUAUGAGCCACCAAUUACAUCUGUCUAUGACGGCUUCAUAAUAGAUAACCUGAUAGUGUAUACGCAUAUCUUUAUGCAGCUAUUGCCUCGAUUUGAGCGACUGGAUUACUCGGUAUAUCGUAAUGCGUACAUGCUGCAUCGCCUGGCCAAAACGUUCUCGCAGCAGGAUUUGGUUGACAGAUUACAGCGUUUCGAGCGUCUGCAUUCGGGCAAUUCUUAUGGAUUUGACUCGCCUCAGCGCCAAGUCAAUAUGCUGAACAAAUCACACAACAGUUCCUACAAUGCGCAAUGGAAUCCCCUAGUCAGCUCCAAUAUACCACUGCUGUUUAGUGAGCAUAUGCAUUCGAGAAUUCAAAGCUUUCUGUUUGGCAUAAGCGUGGCACGAAACUCUGUGCUGACGAAUAUAAUUAGUACGCUGCGUAAAGAGAUUAUGGACCGACAACGUUCGGAGGGCUAUAUAAAAAAUCUAUUGAAGAAGAUUCUUGGCGAAAAAACACAGGAUGAAAUAUUGCUACGUGAGCUGAGUCGCAUACCCGAGGUGUUGCGUCAGUGCUUAGAUGCAUUCUGUCGUACCUUCAAUGUUGAUCCGAGCACAUUGUCUAUGCACGAAGCCCUACCAGAGGAGCCGAGUCCACCCGAUUCCCCUUCUUUGAAGAAUUUCAGCUUUUUCGACUCGAAUGACAUGCUGGAUACUUCAAUGUUGACUCCCCAUCAAAUGUCACUGAAUUCUUCCAACAUGCAGCCCACUGUCGAUCCAGCGCUGUUGCCAAUCAAGUCAAAUGAGAUUAAACCGCUGGUGAGACUGCUGCAUCGUAUAUCGGAGGCCAUCAAUAACAAAUAUGGCAGCCGAAUAGCAGAUUUCUACGUGCGAGACGAUUUUUACGGGAAGCUCGCACGGCAAUUACUGUACGCGCCCAUGACGGAAAAGUGGUUUGAGAAAAGCAAUGGCAACGUAGAUAUUUACGAGAAGCAGCUACCACCGCGCGUCAGUCUACGACCGCUGGGCUCCAUACCCUCGAUAUGUCUGAUCGUACUGGCAUUGUGUUUUGGUCACUUGUGGUGCGGUGAGGCAAUAAUUGGCCUACUGCUCCUAUGUACAGUGUUUCUUAUUUACUGCAUGCUAUUGGCAUUAUUGUCAUAAGUAUAAGUAUUUAUAUAUGUAUGUAUUCUGAUUA